AUGCCCGGCGCGACAGCGCAAAGCGAUGCCUUCGACAAUAACUUGACAUUCAAAUUCGCGGCAGGAGCCACUUGUUUCUUGGUGUACGACACGGUGCUGCAUGUUGCCGAUGAGGUAUGCGUCCCUUUCGGCCUAGAGUUUAUUCUUGCCUUGACGCACACGGGUUUAUGGUGGCAGGUCGAAUAUAUAUGGAGGUCUAUUCUAGCUAUGAUUGCGGCCUCGGACGCGGGACACGCAUGGAAACCCGCUCAAUUCGUUGUUGAAGCUAUCCUUAUUGUCCGUAUAUAUGCCUUGUUCAACCACAAUGUACCCAUUCUCACCCUUAUCGCGGUGCUCUAUGUCGGCGAAAUCACAGCCAUGGUCACGGUGCUCGCAUUGAGCAUACCGAAAAUGACGUUCACCUCCCAUUGUCUUCACGUCCUACUGCUCGGGUCUGGACUCAUGCCUGCGGCGCUCAGGAUCAUAUCUCUUAGCUUCGAAACUCUGCUAUUUGCUCUGACAAUCAUCAAGUUCUGUACCAGCAUCAGCCAUUCGGCCCUUGGGCGCGGUUCCAUUCUGUUCGUCCUUGUACGUGACGGAACGUGGGCCUAUGCCAUUAUCUUCGUAAUCAUGCUAACGAACACAUUGCUAUACCACCUAGUCGACAAUCCCUUGGCCGGGCUUUGUUUCUUGGCUCUCACGUUCUCCUCAAUCUGCGGCGUCUCGCUGCGCAGCAUCUGGACCGCCGGCAGUGCACACACUAUGCAGUUUACUCCGCGGUCGACUUUCAUGUCGGACAGGAUGUCCGACAACGAUAUCGAGCUUCAUUGUAGCUACGGCGUUGCAACCAUUGAAUUUGCCGCUUUGCCUCACGAGUCUCCGCCGAAGCCCACAAGGACCAACUGUCACCUACAUGCGAAGCGUGACCAUUCCGGCUCGGUCGAUGUUCUAGCAAAACAUCCGGCUUUAAUCACCGCGACUCCCAUGUAUGUAUUUCAAAAAGCAAUCUAG